UCCGUAUUGUUUAUCCACUCUUGGAUUAGUAAAAAUUCCAAACAGAAUAUUUUGCGCAAAUUCGCGUAAAGUCCACCGAAUUCGCUUUGUCAUGUGCGGAAUCGAUGGACGCGAAGUCUUGUAUGCUCUGGACGCUUGUUUUGCUUAUCGCGAAGGUGAAUUCUUUAAACAAGACGUUAAAAUGCGAGAAAUUGGAAAUGCAAACUUGUUUCGACAUUGAAUUGCCGUUCAACUUCACGACGACAAGCAUUGCUACCGACUCAAAAGAUCAAAAAGAAAUCGAGAAAAAUCUUAAACGUUGGAAAGCCCUGAGUUUUUUGCCACGUUGCUGGGAGGUCCUCAAACCUUUGCUGUGUCGAGUUUACAUGCCAGAAUGCCACAAAGAUUCCGAUAAGGUUGCCCGGUUGCCAUGUCGUUCUGCUUGCUUGCUCACGAGAGCGCCAUGUCGCGUCGUCGAGAAAUACCAUACAUAUGGUGGGUGGCCUGAGUUUUUAGAGUGCGAGAAAUUCCCUUUAAAAGAUUGUGACAACCUUACGGCGUUGAAAAUCAACAAGACGAAUUGUCCAACACCUCUUGUAAACACGGACGACGAGGAGAGCUGGUACGAGGGUGUUCACGGCUGUGGUAUCCAAUGUAAUAAUCCGAUAUUUACAGACGAGGAACAUGAUCGAAUUCAUCGUUUCAUUGGCGCGUUUGGUUCGCUGUCCGUUCUCUGUACAGCUUUUACUGUGCUUACGUUUCUGGUUGGUUGGAAAGCGCAGAACAAGUAUCCUUCAGUUAUUUUGUUCUACAUGAACGCCUGUUUCUGUCUCACGUACUUGGGAUUUCUGAUUCAGUUUUUCGGAGAAACUAGGAGCAAGAUUCUUUGCAGAGGUGACAACACGAUGCGUCUGGGGGAACCAGUCGGUGCAGAUUCGGUGUCAUGCAUCUUCACGUUUUUUCUGGUCUAUUAUUUCUCAACGGCUGGAGUGAUAUGGUUCGCUGUUCUGUCUUACGCCUGGUAUAUCUGCUUCCAAAGUCUGGGCACAACCAGAGAUGAUCUAUCAAGCAAAGCCUUGUACUUUCACCUCGUGUCCUGGAUACCACCACUUAUCCUGUCUUGUAUCGUCAUGUCACUUUCACAGGUCGAUGGUAAUUCGCUCAGUGGAAUCUGUUUUGUCGGAUACAGAAACAUUCAAAUGAGAAUAUAUUUCCUCUUGGCUCCGCUUGGGAUUAACCUAGCGGUCAGCGGUACAUUUCUAUCUAGAGGGCUGUUUAUCCUAUGGAAACUAAGAAAAACUAAUCCUCAUUUUCUAAGUCUGAGAUCCGCCAGCAGAAUUAAGGAGACUAUUGUUAGAAUCGGUAUAUUCGCCUUCCUUGCUUUCAUUUUUGUUGGCACAACCUUCGCGUGUCAUCUCUACGAUUAUCAAAAUCAGAAAAUCUGGGAACAAGGUUACAGGGAAUACAUGAAAUGCAUCGCAGACGCUACGAUCAAGAAUGGACCGCAAGAAUGCGAGGCGGACAGUCGACCAGACCUCGGAAUUAUUGAACUGCAUCUUUUCUCGCUGUUUGGUGCAGGAAUCACAAUGAGCGCAUGGACCUGGACGUCGAGUAUUCUGUCCAGCUGGAAGACUGCUUGGGAUAGAUUAACAGGCAAGAAAAGAUAUCCGGAAUUGAGCCACUACAAUUUAGUUCGAAGAAUGAGGGAGAUGAGAAAAUUGCAGGCAGCUGUUCACCCAUCCGUCGAACCGACUCCGGAAAAAAUCACCGAGAACAAGGUCACAACUCCCCUCCCGGUGAACGAGGAAACGUUGCAACUUCACAGUAUAAUUAGCGACAUCAGUGUGAUAUCUGAUCCCAGACUGUUGAUACCACCAAAAACAAACCUUAAAACUGUGAGAAUUCAAACCAAAGAAACUGAUGAUGCAGAAAGCUGAUGAUGAAAGAUUGCAAAAAGGAAACCAGAAUAUAAAGGCAACGUUGAGCCCCUCACAAGAGUGACCGUGUCCUUCCCCUCUUGAAAUACUAUUUUGCUCCCCACGUGACAUGUCUUUCUUAAUGACAAGACGUGUUUGAAAGACAGCCAUUACCGCGCAGAGAAAUCCUUGUCUCAUGAAAAACCAUCCCCUCUCUUUUAAUUCUCCCAGCCACUUUCUCUAACAAACCCCUCCCUAUUGGUCCCGCUCUUUCGAUAAAUUGCCAUUUCUAAGAAAUCUACCCUCUUUAGAUGUCGUGAUUCUCUCUUUCUAACCGGUCGUCUAAGCCUACAUCCCUUUUAGAGCCUCUCUUACCCAUUUCCUUAACUUAUGCUGCUCUCCCUAAUAAAGCUGAACUCUAAAAAACGCCUCUCUUCAACGCGUCCCUCCAGUGUCAUACCCCUAGCCUCUCUCUAAUUAAACCUAUGUAACCCAACAGAAACACAAGUUGUCUUAAUAAACAAUCCGUAACUUGUAUUGGACAAAAAACCCCUCAGUUGAUAAUGGAGACUGCAGUGGGAAAUGUGAAUAAGGAUGUAUACAAAUUAUUAUUUCAACACGUGUUUUGCAUGUACGUACGUAUUUUUUACAUCUGGAUAUAAGUCGAUAAAAACUUUCUUUGCCAUGCAUUAUUGUGCAGAAUUUUGCUUUUAAAAGUUAUGUCAAACUCCCAGGAGCGGAAAGGCUUUUGUGCUUGUGACAAAGAUAGUAAAAUAUGUGAAUACUAAAUAUGUUAUCCUUAUGCCUUAAAGUUCGAUUAUAUAGUCGUAUAUACGAUUCUUA